GCUGUGGCUCGUGCUUCCUGUAUAAAUAAAUAUAGCUUUCACACAGCUUUUGCAUAUGUGUGGUGACAUGUGCUUUAAGAGAUAAUGGUAACAUGCUUCUAAUAGCAGGGAGGAGAUUAUUUCUUGUAGUGACGAGAGGGAGGGAGAUGAGUGCACUUUCAAGUCUAUAACGUGUAAAGCUUUCCCAUGCAGCAAGGAAGAAGGACGGAAAGGGGGAAAUUGUUUUAUUUUUUCAGUCUGAGCUCUUGCUGGCUGUGACAUGUCUUGGAACUAUUGAAAUGUGAGUGAAGCUGUUGAAAAGUCCAGCGCCGAAGAGGGAAUCCUCCUCUCCGUUUGUAAGAAUUGUCGUGUGUGUUUAAAUUGAUGUCCUCUGCUACUGAAAUCUGCUUCAGCACCAUGACAACCGGAGUAGCAGAAGUUGGGGAAUUGCCCUUGGAGUCUUUGGUGACUUGCAAACUGUGCUUAUCUGAAUAUUCACUAGAUAAGAUGACCGCUCUUCAGGAUUGCAAUUGCAUCUUUUGUACCUCAUGUCUAAAACAAUACAUGCAGCUGGCCAUCCGUGAAGGGUGUGGUUCUCCCAUCACUUGUCCAGACAUGGUCUGCUUAGACCAUGGGAUGCUGCGAGAAACAGAGAUAGCCAGCUUGGUGUCUGCGGACCAAUUUCAGUUGUACAAACAGUUGAAGUUUGAAAGAGAAGUGCAUUUGGAUCCACUGAGGACCUGGUGUCCCUCUGCUAAUUGUCAGACUGUGUGCCAAAUUGAACCAAGCAACGCUGGAUUACCAGUGCCUAUAAAAUGUCAGACGUGUUACUUGACAUUCUGUUCAUCAUGCAAAGAGCCUUGGCAUGUGGAGGGAUCAUGCUCGGAAAGCCAUUCAAUUGGGAUUGCAAGUGAGCAAGGAACACUUAUUAAAAACAACUCAGAAGCUCCAAUUAAACAGUGUCCAGUUUGUCGGAUCUAUAUUGAACGGAACGAAGGCUGCGCUCAAAUGAUGUGCAAAAAUUGCAAGCACACAUUUUGCUGGUACUGCCUACAAAAUUUGGAUAAUGACAUCUUCUUAAGGCAUUAUGACAAAGGUCCCUGUCGAAAUAAACUGGGCCAUUCACGAGCCUCAGUUAUGUGGAACAGAACACAGGUUGUUGGCAUCCUAGUGGGCCUGGGAAUCGUUGCUUUGAUCACAUCUCCAUUACUGCUCUUAGCUUCGCCGUGCAUCAUUUGUUGUGUCUGCAAAUCCUGCCAAAGCAAGAAAAAGAAACAUGGCCCACCACCAACAUAAAAUGUUCUGCCUAUUUUGGAUGUGAAUGUCUUAUCGUGCUUGUCAGGGAGAAGACUAACGGUUGACGUCUUACACUGUGCUUUACCAACCGAUUCUCCUUGGUUUUGCCAACUUCUGUAAAAAGUGCCUACUGGUUCACAGGUUGCCACUUUAUUUGCAAGCUGCAGUUCAGCAGGGGCGGGGAUAGGGUGGGGCUAUUUGUUGUGAUCUGAGUUAAUUCUGUUUUUUUUUUCAUUUUUUUUAACGGAGCCGGACUUGUAAGGUAUUUUAAGGUGCUUCAAAAUGACUGCUUUGUUGAAAUUGGCAGAUGAAACUGCAGCCGUUCACCAGAUUCUGAAUGACUAUUGAUUUUCAGAGCACCUUGAUACUGUAUCUCCUGAAGACGUCGUACAGUUGAGUAAGAAAAUAAAAUGGGUAAUUCAGCACUUUUAAAAGAAAAUAUUGGUUACUUUAAAUUUUAGAUUUCUAGUGCAGAUUUAGUGGCAAUUUAAAAAAAAACCCAACUCUUUAAGUUAUUGUACAACUUUUUUUAAAAAAAAAUCUACAGCUGAAAAGGGGGAAAACUAUAACACUCAAGUAUUGAACAUCAUUGAUAAACCAUCUUGCUAAUUUACACUUUUUUCAAAGGCAAGUCAGGUCAAAUAAUUUAUUUAAAAUAAGUUCUACCUUGCUACAGCACCAAAAUCAAUAAUAUGAGUCUGGCCUUAUAUUGUAAGCAUAAAAUGCUGAGCAGAUCACCCUAUUUGUAUCAUUUAUAUGGCCUAUAAAUUAAUUAUUUCCAAGCAGUAGAUAAAUCCUGAGUGCUAGUUGAGAAACUAGCUUUGGUCCAGAAGUCGGAAGUGUAGCAUAACUGACCUGAAUAUGACAUAACUGGGCCUUUAUUUAUUUUUCUCUAAUUUUCAUUAUUACUGUCUUAUUCCUCAUGGUGGAAGUUUAGCAGAGGAGUGAAAAUGAUAUUGAGACAUAUGGACUUUGGUCAUCAGUGGGAACAACUGAACUUGCCAAAAGGUUUGCCUUUGUAGACAUACUGUUCAGUAAAGAAUAGUAAAUACUUAAAAAACCAAGAACAUGCUCCUAAUACAGGGGUGAAAUGCUCCCAGUUCAGACCAGAUCGCCCGAUCUGGUAGCGAUCGUGGCGGGUGGUUCAGAGAAAAUCCCUGUGCCCCCCCAUGCCCAGCUGAGCCGUGCGAUCAUCAGAGGCUUUUUUUUUUACUUUUAAAAGCAU